GUGAUACACUGAUGAUUUGAAAAUAACUAGCAGGACUGCCCCUCUCUCUCUCUCUCUCUUUCUCUCUGCGGAAGAAAAUUUGUAGGAUUAGAUUUAGGCCAACUCUCUAUCUUGGGAACCUCAAAGAUGUUGCUAUUGUCACCAGCAUCAACUAACUCCUUACCGUCACUACGGAGUAACUCUUUCAAUUUCAGACAUGGAAGAGCGAGAUGGCAUGCACCACUCAAACUCUUGGGCAUGGCAAAAGAGAGCAGCGAUAGCGGCAACGGCAUUACAGAGAAAGCUGCAAUAGCUGGUGGCUUGGUCUCAACCCCAGUGAUAGGCUGGUCCCUCUACACGCUCAAGACAACAGGAUGCGGCCUCCCACCGGGGCCAGGGGGCUCGAUAGGCGCAAUAGAGGGCGUCAGCUACCUAGUUGUUGUGGGAAUUGUAGCUUGGUCCUUGUACACCAAAACCAAAACGGGUUCGGGUCUGCCUAACGGUCCUUUCGGGUUGUUAGGAGCUGUUGAAGGUCUAUCGUACUUAACUUUGCUUGCCAUUGUCGUUGUGUUCGGGUUGCAGUAUUUUGAGCAGGGUUAUAUUCCCGGCCCUCUCCCAGCUGAACAGUGCUUUGGCUGAGCUCUCUCUCUCUCUCUCUCUCUCUCUCUAGAGGAUAAUGUGGUAUCUACGACCACUACAAUUCUAUCCUUUGUCUGUGGCUACGUUUAUCUGUCAUGAUAAUUUUCUUUACAUAUAUGUUAAUUUUCUUUAUAUAUAUAUAU